GCUGACAACACGCCAGCACAGGAUAUCGCGUCAAGUUAGGCGAUUCAUGAAUUAUAACUUGGUCAGCUUGCAAUCCCUUCACUACCUACGUCGAGUCCCAAAGCUCAAGCAAGCAACGCAACCGGGAGACCAGUAAACAGAGGAGCAACAACAACAACAGCAGCAGCAGCAGCAAUGCUUCACUCAUCCAUCCUCGCCAUCACGGCUCUCUUCCUCUCCGCGACGACAUCCGUCAUUGCCCUGCCAGCAGCUGAAGCUGACUUGGCGGCUCUUGAACACGACACCGCUGAUGCCGCCGCUCAUCUGCUCAAGCGUGCCUCGCCUGGCCCAACCGACACCACCUUCAUCAAGAACGUUCUCAAUACCGUCAACCCCAUUAGGUCCAAGUACAAGGCCAACCCCCUCGCUUGGGAUGCCACGCUUGCGAGCUUUGCGUUGAAAAAGUCCAACGGUUGUAUGCUCAAUCAUACCGUAAGUUCGACUUUAGUUUCCUCCUUUCCAUCUUCUCUCUCUCCCUCUCCCUCUCCUCUCUUCCUACCUCAUCAUCCCUCUUCCCUUUCUCCCUCGGAUCAACCCAUCUUCUUAAUAACCAACCAACCAACCAAAACCGCACAGGGCCCCUAUGGCGAGAACGCCUACUGGUGGUGGACCAUCCCAGCAACCAGCACCCCCAACUUUGCUACCACCGUCACCAACGCCUUCAAGUCCUGGACCUCCCAGGCGGAGAUUUCCGCCUACCAACAAGGUGACCUGCUGGGUGGCGGCCACUUUACGCAGACGGUGUGGAAGGCGAGUACGCGAAUCGGGUGCGCGUUUAGCACCAACAGGUGCGUGCAGAAUCCGAACCAGGAUUGGUGGUUUUAUUGCGAGUUUUCGCCUAGGGGGAAUUUGGUGGGAGCUUAUCCUGGGAAUGUCACGGUGGUUUGAAAGAGAUCCAUGUUUUGAGAAUGGGGGAGGGAGAAGGAGAGGGAGGGAUAGUAGUGAUUGAUAGGGUAAAGGCUCCAGAGUACGGAUGUGAGGAAUGAAAGGGAUGGGUUGGGA